AUGGUUGGCGGAAAUCCACUACACGAUGUGUACGGAUUUAGGUAUUGGAACAAUCCCGGUGCUUUUGUGGAACAUAUUCGGCCGGGUAACACAGGUAGAUUCCUGGGUCUGCUCGCAUGCAUGUCGCAAGCUUCUUUCACCGUCUGUGGCCCGGAGUAUAUUUCCAUCGUAGCUGCGGAAACGGAGCAACCACGCAAGAUUCUUCCAACGGCAUUCAAGUCCUUUGUCUGGCGCCUACUUGGUUUCUACGUCAUCGGUGCUCUCUGUCUUGGAAUUGUAGUCCCAUAUAACGACCCUACUCUUGCCGCUACCAUCUCCGGAGAUGCUCCUAGUGGGACUGGUGCCAGUUCGCCCUACGUUAUCUCCAUGGAUCACUUCAACAUACCCGGCCUUGGGAGUCUUGUAAAUGCCCUUAUCAUGACCUCUGUAUUCUCCGCAGGCAACGGACUCUUAUUUUCUGCAACACGUUGUCUCCAUGGAAUGUCACUUGAAGGCAAAGCACCAAGAUUUUUAUCAAAAUGCUCAAAAUGGGGUGUUCCAUACUACUCAGUAUUGGUUGCUCUUGCAUUCUGCCUCCUAGGCUUUCUGCAGGCUGCUAAAAGCUCUAGCUCGGUUCUUGGCUGGCUUGUGGAUCUGAUCACUGCCUGUCAACUAAUCAACUAUAUGGCAACAAUAGUUGUCUACCUCCACUUCAAAGCAGCUCUGGAUGCUCAAGGAAUUGACAGAAAGAAUCUUCCAUAUAGAGGAUUCUUACAGCCCUAUGCCGCUUACUAUGCUCUUGGAGGUACAACAAUCAUGUUGCUUGUUCUUGGCUAUUCUUUGUUCUUUCCCGGAGGCUGGAGUUAUCUUUACUUCUUUCUCGACUACUCUAUGAUCGCAGCCUUCCCGCUAGCUUUCAUUGGCUGGAAGAUAAUCAAGAGGACCAAGUAUAUUCGUCCAGGUACCGCAGAUCUAACAGUAGGGGGAAUGAAGCAGGAGAUUGAUAGGUAUGAGGAAACUUUCAUACCUCGGCCAACAGGAAAGUUUGAAACUGCUUUUGACCGUCUUUUUGAACCAAAGAAAGACAUAUAA